AUGGAGAACGAUUAUAACGAAGAAGACCUUGAAACUCUUUUUAAGAAACUGGUUGAUACAGAAGAGAUUGAAUCUAUUUUGAUUGAUGGUGAAGAUAACAAAAUUAUACCAGAUGCUAAAAUAGAUAAUCCUUUAGUUCUUUGUGGUUCUUUUAAUCCACUUCAUGAAGGACAUAUGAAACUUCUUGAUGCAGCGUACAAAAAGUUCCCUACUAGAACUCCUUGUUUCCAGCUAUGUGUGAUCAAUUGUGAUAAGGGGCCCAUAAACUUUGAAACUUUUGCCAAAAGGUCAUCUCAGUUCAUCAAACAAGGAAAGAAACUUUUGGUAUCUAAAUCUCCAUUGUUCAUACAUAUGGCAAAGAUUUGGCCAUCCUGUAUGUUCUUGCUAGGAUAUGAUACCUUCACCAGAUUACUACUGCUAAAAUAUUACGAUAACAGUGAGGAAAAGCUUCAAGAAGCUCUCCAAGGCUUUAGAGAUUACAACUCUCAGUUCCUUGUUGCUGGAAGGUAUGACUGCGAUCAAGACAAAUUCCUCACCCCUGAUUUUGAACAAGAAGUAGAACAAGAAGACUAUAGAGACAUGUUUUUUGAACUGACUGAAGAAGAAUUCAGAGUCGAUCUCUCCUCCACUGAACUUAGAGGUCAGGGUAAAACUUUAUAA